UAUUUCUAAAUUUCAAUGUUCUACACAAGAAAUGGAAACGGUAAAGUAAGGCUGAAGAGAGGGAAUGAAAGAACGACCAAAAUCACAAAUAAAAAACUCUUCUGGUAUAACAACUAUACCAUCCCAAGAGUCAAAACUAUUAUUGACAUUAAAUCUAAGCUGUAUGAGCCUCCAAAGUUAAUUAAGGAAAAUCAUUUAAAAAAUAUCGAGAAGUGUCCACCCAAAGGCCCAGUCAGUGGUAUCAAGAAUUUAGACUCUAUGCUUGACAAGAGACUAAAGCCUUUGAGAAAUGUCUCGUGACCUAAAUUAGUAACAGAUAUCAUCAACAAGAAAGUAGAAGUCGAUGAAAAGGGAGAAUUAGUUCUUGAUAUUCAGCCAAGAAUUCAAAAAUUUAUUAAAAAACUCGAGAAAUAAACUCAAAGAUAAUAAAAACUAUGAUUACAUUAUUAGUAAGAAUGAUACUUUUGGGAGAGAUAAAAGGAAGUUGCUUGAUGUGCUUGCUCUCUCUGAUAAGUUAAACCCUAGCAGAGAUCAAAGAUACUCAAAUCCGAAUAGAUUUCGAUCUCUUGGGGCUUCCAGAAGACCUGCCAAAACAGCUGAUCCACAUAAGGACAAAAGAAAUGAAGGUCCAGCUGAAGUUCCAAUUGCUGAUAUGAUAAUGCAAAAUAUUGACCGUUUGAAUAUUGUUCCUGGACUUUGGAAUAAGCUGUUAGCACAACAUAGUCUGAUCAAUGAAGAGAUCACUCAGACUCAUGAAAAUGAAACCCAAGGGCCUGAUCUUUCAAUAGCAAAUUUAAAAAGAGAAAAGGAUCGGAUGAGAUUUCAUAGUUUAGCAUCUGAAUCUUCUCCUAUCUCAAAGAAAAAAGCUUAUUCUAGAAAAUAGCUCAAGAUCUUCUCUAAUGAGUAGAGACAAGCUUUCCAAGAAAAUACAGAGAGGGAAAUGCCAUUUUGCCAGCACCCAAAGAUUUUAUGAAGAGCAAAAAUCAAAUAUGAGAUUAUUUAAAGGCAAUUCAGAACUAGCUAACAUUAACUUCCAGAUGAAUAGCCUCAGAUCCAAAAGAGAAGACCCUGAAGUCAUCAAGGUUAUGGAGAGAAUUAAUGAGAAUAUCAAAAACGUGCUUGCUCCUCCCUCAAAAAGAAAGAUCAUUAAAAAGAAAAAGAGUAUCACUGAUUAUUCCUUCAGCAGUGGAGACCUAUCAUAA